GUGGUCACAUGUGAGGGAUUCUCGCCAUUGGUUUUGCCAGAGAAUGAGAUCAGAAUGAACUUUGUCUCCUAUUGUGAGGAAAUGAUAUAGCUAAGUGUUUCAUAGACCACCGUAAAAUACCUCAAUUCGUUUAAAAUACCUCAAACGUUUUGAAAGGGACUGAAGGGCUUAAUGGUCGAUAAAGUUGGAGACUCGGUCACUGAAUGCGUCAGUCGGUGUGCGCUUAUUAGAUCCCAAACAGGAAGUAGCAUUGAACUCAGCGUGCAUGGAGCCAAGCAGCAUGUACGAGAGCAGAUCGGAUGACGUUGGAUGUGACUUAACUGGAUCGGAAUCAGCUGUCAGUACUGCCACCCACGGGAGCCGGACGUGCAGACAGGGCACCGUUGUGGAGCGACUCUCGAGGUAUGUCAUGCCCAGUGCUUUCCAGCGUAGGUCGAGGCUGCAGAGGCAGAUGGAAGUCACUGACAGCUCGGCACCGGGAGGAUUUCAGAGGGAGGCUCCGGAGAGAGGCUCGUUCACACUCGCUAUGCGUAAAAAAUACCUGAAAGAGUUACUGUUAAGCAAUCCAACGCACAGCGGGUUUAGUAGCGUCCUGUCACAAACGCACAGUGUGUCCUCCGAGCAGGACGAAGGCUGGGCUUUGUAUCCGAUGGAGCACGCGUGGAUGCUGUCUGCAGUAGAGGGAAACUAUGAAACCAUCCUGGAGUUCAUCUCCGAGGACCCCUAUCUGUUAACCAGGAAGGAUUUCAUCAGUGGGUACUCAGUCCUGCACUGGUUGGCCAAGAGAGGACAGGACGAGACUCUGCUCAAACUUUUAAGGUACGCGGAAAGUGCGGGGAUCCCAGUGAAUGUGGACGUGCGGGGCAGCGGCGGGCUCACCCCGCUGCAUGUCGCCAGCAUGCACAGGCAGUACAUGGUCAUCAAGCUGCUAGUCGGAGCUUUCAGUGCCAACGUAGAUGCCAUGGACUACAAUGGAAAGAGAGCCUGGCAGUAUCUGAAGGGAGACGCCCCGCUGGAGAUGAAGGAGCUGCUGGGGACCUGGGAUGAUGAGCACAGAUGUGGAUGUGCGCAAAAUGUCAACAACAACAGCGCUGGUGCGAUGAACUUGACCGCACAUGACGAUGUGGAUCAUGUAGAGACAGAUCACGAUAACUCCUUCUACCCGGCUAAGACGGGGAGCAGCUGGGGGUUCGGGUCUUUUAGAAAGUUGCUGCCCUCGUUUUCAUUUCUUGGGAACAAAAGCUGAGUCUGGUUAUGACAUGCCUACAAAUAUGUGCAUUAUUUUCAGUCAGUUCACGGUUUUUGUGGUUCCUAAGCGCAUGUGGAGCAAAAAUGUUCAUGCCAAGUCAUUUCUGCAUUAUGAGGCCUUACCUCUUAAAACAAUCGUAAUUUAAAUUCAUUACAGAGCAAACCACAUCUCUUUUAAAACAACCACUUAUAAAAAUAAAUUUAUGAGAAGUUAAACUCCAACAUUUUCAAAAUUGAAUAAGCAGAUGAUCAAAGGGAUUUUUUUUUUUUUAAGGGUUGCUUUGGUUGUCAAAUCCUUAAUACCACGCACCCCCCCCCCCAUAU